AUGAGCCAUUACCCGUAUGACCUUAUUUAUCCAGAAUUGCGAGAGGAAAAUUCACGUAUGAUAGCAAAUUCUAAAACACAAAAAAAACAAGAAUUAGAAUCGGAUGAAGAGAGCUUUACGGAUGAGGCGUCUGUACCUAGUGAUGAAUUUGAUUCGUCUUAUAACAGUGAUGAAACUGAGGAAGAAUUAUUUGAACUUUGUUUCUACAAUGUGAAUAAUGAACUAGUAUAUGAUAACGUAAAAAUGGCAGUUGAGGAAGCUGACAUUGAGGACAUUGAUUCAUCUAAAAAAUUUCCGGAAGGGUCAUUUAUUGAUUAUUAUGACAGUGGCCAUGAGAUGGAUUCAUCACAAGGAAGUUUAUAUGAAUCAUUUCAGGAUACUGCAGAUGAUAUGAACUUGUCACAAGAAAUUCGAGACGGUUCAAUAAUUGAUUCUGUAGGUAAUGUGAGCAUUUUAUCUGAUAAAAAAACUGAUAUAAUAAGGGGGAUGCAGCGUUUAACUGGCCAAUCUGUGGAAAAUAUUCUAGAAAAUGAGGACUUACAGAAUCAAGAAAAUGCAAAUAAGCUCUCUUUAUUAUACAUACUUGGUGGCAAUCAGCUUUCCAACCCUUCUCAAAGUGACAUUUCACCACAAACCUUGCAUACGUUCAAAGAAAUUGGUAUAAGUCCAAACGAACGAUCAAAUGAUAAAGUGAAUCCAACAGAUAUAAUGCAGUCAAUGGCCACAUCCUCAAGAGAACCUCAAUUUAAUCCUGAAGCAUUAGGAGUAUCAACAAGUAAGAUACCAGCACAACCUGUGUUGACUAAUGGUGAGGAGCCAGAAAAAGAACUACGCUCAGUUCCAAAUUUGGCGCUAUUUAAUAGUAAUACACCGCUUAAACUCGAUUUGCCUUUGCCAACGAAGAAUAAGACAAGCCGACCACCCAUUGACAAACCAUAUUAUGGACCAAUUAACCAAAAUGAUUUUCACUCACCUAUAAUUCAUAAAACAACCUCACCCAUGUAUGAUCCACAUGUGAAUCCACCAUUCAAGAAUAAUGAAUGGCUAUUUAAUCAAAAUAAUUACCAACCAUCAGUAAUUCAUGAAACAUCUUCGUAUUUUAACGAACAAUAUGUGAAUCCAGAGGUGGCUUGCUGCGCGAAAUAUAACCAAAAUUUUCCCUGUCGAUCUAUAAUUCAUGAAACAAUAUACAUGAAUGAUUCAUAUGUGAAUUCUGAGAUGGUACGCUACAGAAGAAAAAAGUCUGCGUUUAACCAAAAUUUUACUUGUCAAUCAACAAAUCAAGAAAUGAUACCAUCUCUGAACGAACAUACUUGCCCUGAAAUACCUCGCUUAUCACAUAGUGAUCCAUCGUCGGUGCUAGAGGUAAACCGAGGAACUUAUGAUAAAAUGACCAUAGACCGAGAGUCUAAAUUAUCUAAUAGAACACAAGAUUUACGUGAACAGAUGAUAGAAUGUUGGUCUUCUCACAAGCUUGAAGAAGAUAAGUCGUAUAAGAGAUGCACAGAUUCAUGUUUAUAUGCAUACAAAGGUGAUCAACCAAGUAUAAUAUUUCAAAAAGGACAGUAUGCAUGUAAUGAACCGAGCUGUAAUUAUCGUUUCCUUCGUCAAUCAGAUUUGGAAAAUCACAUAAUUGUACAUAUAAGGUUUAAACCUUUUACUUGUAAACAUCCCGGAUGUAAUCAAUCAUUUCCGUGGCUUUACCUUUUAGAAAAGCAUCUUCUCACCCAUGAGACCGGAGGCCCUCUGAAAUGUGAUUAUUCUGGGUGUGACAGGGAAUUUAUGGCACCCAGUCACUUAAUCGAACACCAAAACGAACAUAAUAACGAAAGAUUUUUUGGUGUACAAAAAUCUUGGAAUGAACCUUCUAGAUAUAAAGAAUGA